CAGAGAUAAUUUGCACUGUUUUUUAAUUAAAUUCCCUUCGCAAAAUGGCAAACAUGGCAGCUUCAAUGAAGGGCCAAAAGCCCGAACUAAAGUUUUAUCUUCGUUCGAACAAGCUUCCAGAUAUAUACGAGGCUCUCCUCACAGGCCUAGCAAUCAUGUGUCCUGAUGAUCCACUUCAGUUUAUCCUGGACAAGCUCAGAGGCCUGAAAGAAAAUGGAAUUGAUGAACUCAACUGGGAUAUGUUUGUGGAGGAGCAUAUGAAGCCUCCCAAUAAAGUCAUCACAGAAAGCAAUCUGGAAUUCAUCUUUAACCUGGACGAUGAGAGUAUGAUUGAUUUUAUAGACAUUCCCGUCAACAUUCAGAGAGGACAGGGGUAUUUUGGUGGCCGAUUUGAAGGCAUUACAAAGAGCCGUACAAUCUGGCCCACCCCAGAAAUGUACGCCACAGCCUACGGCCAUUACAACAUGAGUCUUAAAAACAUGUGCUUCAGUGCCUGGAUGCAGUAUUAUUUGCACAAAAAGAAGAAGAAGAGGGCCAUGGAGAAGAAAAUGCAGCGAGCAGCACUACACCACGCCCAUAGAAUUCUGAGAGUCCACCUCAAUGUGUGGAGGGACUGGUUGAGAUACAGAAAGGGAUGCCAGGCCAUGGCGUACCACAAGUUGAAGAGGAUCUACUUUGUUAGUGUUGGAAUUGUUCUCUUCCGAGAAUGGCGGGCUGUAGCCAAGCGCAAUAAGGACCAGAGGGAAUACUUUGAGAUCAGCCUGCGGAGACUGGAGAGGGGGGAGAAUGUGGAUGAUGAAGAGACAUUUGGUCAGGGAGAUGGGGAUGCACAGGACAAACUCUCUGGACAGCUGGGCAUAGAACUGGCAGUAAAGGUAUUUAGUUUCCUGGACAUUGCUGACCUAGCCAGGUGUGCCUGUGUGUGUAGAUCCUGGAAAGUCAUUGCCUACCACUCCUCUCUCUGGAAUAGGCUGGAUUUUAGUAAAGUGAGAAACAGAGUGACGGACCUGGUGACUACUAAGCUCCUCUCUAAGUGUCGGCCCUACCUGAUCCACCUCAGUAUGCGGGGGUGUUCCCAGCUACACGCCCCCACCUUCGCGGCUCUCAGUGAGUGUAGGAAUCUACAGGACCUCAACCUCUCAGAGUGCAAGGGACUGGAUGAUGAGUCUCUGAAGUUGGUUGUUAAAGGCUGUAAAAUCAUUCUAUAUCUUAACCUUUCCCACACAUUUAUAACAGAUGCCUCCCUCAGGACCAUAUCCAAAUACUGUCACAAUGUGCAGUACCUGAGUCUGGCCUACUGUAAGAAGUUCUCAGACCGGGGCCUACAGUAUCUAUCAGCCGGAAAAUGUAGCAAGAAACUGGAGUACCUGGAUCUAUCCGGAUGUCUACAGAUAACUCCAGAUGGUUUUAAGAGUCUUUCACAUGGCUGUACAAUGCUGCAGACCUUAGUUCUGAAUGAGUUCCCCACGCUGAAUGAUGACUGCAUGAUUGCUAUAGCUGCUAAGUGUACAAAGAUUAACACUCUGUCUAUCCUUGGGUCACCUCUGCUGACAGAUGAGACAUUCAAACGACUGGCCAACAACAGACAUCUCAAAAAAUUACGAAUAGAAGGAAAUCAGAGAAUAUCAGACCUUUCCUUGAAGGCGAUCGGUAAAAACUGUACAGACUUAGAACACCUGUACUUGGCAGACUGCCAGAGACUGACCGACGCGUCACUGAAGGCCAUCGCAAACUGUCCGAAACUUGUCGUCUGUAACAUAGCUGAUGUUGUCCAAAUAACGAACACGGGGGUACAGAACUUAGCCGAGGGUACGUGUGCUGCUUCUCUGAGAGAACUGAACCUGACCAACUGUAUACGAGUGGGAGAUAUGGCCAUGUUUAACAUUAGAAAGUUUAAAAAUCUGGUGUACCUAAGUGUUUGCUUCUGUGAACACAUCAGUGAGAAAUCAGGAAUAGAACUUCUUGGUCAGUUGCAUGCUUUAGUUUCCCUGGAUAUUUCUGGAUGCAACUGUUCUGAUGAGGGUUUAUCUUCAUUGGGAAAAUACAACAAUCAUCUGAGGGACGUAACUCUGUCUGAGUGUGCAGACAUCACUGACUUAGGACUGCAGAAAUUUACACAACAGUGUAAAGAUAUAGAGAGGCUGGACCUCUCUCACUGCAAGUUGUUAACAGACGGUGCCAUAAAGAACCUGGCCUUCUGUUGUCGAUAUCUGACCUCCCUCAACUUAGCUGGCUGUAAACUGAUAACUAACCUGAGUAUUCAGUACCUGUCUGGAGUUUGUCAUCAUCUUCACACCCUGGACAUCAGUGGCUGUAUCAUCAUCACAGAUAAGGCUUUGAAAUAUCUACGCAAAGGCUGCAAAAAGCUGAAGUAUCUAACCAUGUUAUAUUGUAAAGGAGUCACAAAGCAUGCUGCUAUGAAGAUGAUGAGACACGUUCCUGCCUUAAAAUACAGUGAUGACGAAAUACCAAUCUAUUAUGGAUAUAAGUGAAACUGACAUUUAAUACAUUGGCUUUUUCGUAAAAGGAUAUACCUUGUACCUCUGUCAACACAUUUUUUGACUGUCAAUAAGUCAUUUGUUUGCUGAGAAUGGACAAGGCAGAUACAUACACAAAUCCAAUAUUGUUCAUAUCAGGACUAACUGCUGGUCCCAGACUAUGAAAAUUCAGAGUGAAUUAAUUUAUAUCCAGAAAAAAACUGAUUCAUUUUUCAUGCUGUGAUACAUGUAUUUUAUAAUGAAUGUUUUCAACUUUGAUGAAUUUGAGAAACUUUAUCAAGGGAUGUUGAAUGUUUUAUCAAAAGCUGCAUGAUUUUUUGUAAAGACUUUUUUUGUAAUGAAACAUUUUUUAAUUU